CAAUCCAAUAUGGCGGCAAAUGGGGUAUGAAAGGUGCGGAAUGUUUUGAUUCGAAACGAGUAUUGAAAACAGUGAAAAAUCGCAAAAUAAUUGGUAAUUGCCGGUGCGUUAUAGAGAUAAAAGUGCUAAAAAUACGUCCGAAACGUUCAAUUCGCGCGUGUUGUGUUAAAAAUUGUGAAUUUACCUGUGUGUUUUUUGUGAGAUUUUCGCUGCUAAUGUUGCCGUUCGUGGUGAUAUGUGACCAGAGUUUACGUGAUAGAUAUGUCUACCGACUCUGAUAAGAACACUCCAUGUCCGGAAUCGAAUGAGACAGCAGCCCCAGUUCUCCCCGUCGGUAUCGGGGACAAACUCAAUGUCGAUCAACACAAAGCUGAUGAACAGUCGAAUGAUGAACAGAAAAAUGAGAAGUCGAUUGAUCAUGAACACAAAGAUGAUGAGAAGCAGAAGAAAACCCGUUCAGUAUCCUUCCCUGAUGAUGACCAGUUAGUUACCCAGUAUUUUGAGCCAGCAAACCCUUGGAAAGAUGUGCUGGUGCCGUCGCGCGCCGAACUCGCCGCCCAGUAUCUGGAGGCUUGCAGGAAACACGACACGCUGCCGAUCAACACGGUGCUGCAGCAGAUACGGGAAAUACCAGAUUCCGGAAUGGGUGUCGGCAAUCGGGCGCCCAGGCUCAGUUUGUCCGAAUGUUUACUGUUCGGCUCGGCGCCGGUGGACGCCCUGGAGGCGGUGUUCAGGAAGGUCCAGUUCAGGAGGCUCGAGGUGGACCAUGUGGGGAUGAACGACGAGGGAGCGGAGGCGCUGUUCGACAUGAUCGAGUAUUACGAAAGCGCCACGGCGUUGUGUUUAGACGGGCCGAGGCAUUUCGGUAUCAGAGGGUGGCAGGCGGCUUCCAGAAUGAUUAGAAAGAGUGCCGAACUAAUGGAGCUGGAAGUGACCGGCAGCGCCCUAGAGCCGAUGCACGCGCCGGUGCUAGCGCGCGCUCUACGGCCGCUCGCGUGCAGGCUGCGGGUGCUGUCCCUGCAGCGCGCCGAGCUGUCCGGCGAGCCGCUGCUGUGUCUGGUGAUCGCUUUGAAAUCGAAUCAUUCCGUCCGUGAGCUGAGACUAGGGGACAAUCAUCUGACCGCGCACGACGCUGUACAACUGGCCACGUUACUCCGAACAAACACAAGGAUACAGCUGUUGGACUUGUCCAACAAUCUUAUACAGGACGCGGGCGUCGGGCACAUAGCAACAGCUCUGUCGGAACAGGCGGGCACGCCGCCAUCUCACAGCAACUCCUUCUCGGAGAGCUUGUCCUUGUCUAGCAACGCGGCGCCUUUGACCCACCAGUGUCCCGUUGACAGUCACGACGCUCGGGGAUUGGUGUACCUCGUUUUGUGGAACAACCAGUUGACGAGAAACUGCGCGCCGCAUCUAACCAAAGUAUUGAGUUCAUCGUCCACCCUCUGCGUUCUCAACGUGGGCCGGAACGCGAUAGGAUCCGAAGGGAUCCGAGCCCUGACCGGCGGAGCCCUAAUGUCCCUGGGGCUUCAGGCGGCCCGGCUCAUGGCUGAUGCUGCGGCGGCUUUGGCCGAGUUGGUGCGGGUCACUACUGUGCAGAGGCUGGAUUUACGGGAGAAUCGUUUGGGAUGCGCCGGGCUCCAAGCUAUAGCGAACGCUAUGCAGAACAACACCAGCAUCACGCAGAUUGACCUUGACGAUCCACCGAAGUUGACAACAACACUAAUGGCCGAGGAAGCGGAACUGGCGACGGUGGCGCGGCUGUCGCGCGACAUUGUCGCGUACUGUCGCCGCAACGACGCCGCGGCGACGUCGCCCACCAGACCGGUGCACAGGAAGAUCAGUCUCACUUGUCAUACCGACUGCAUAGCAAGGAGUAUGGCGGCGUCCACGUCUCUGGCGCCGUGCUCGCCGCCGCGCGCCCGGCUGCGCUCGCCGCUGCCGUCGCCGGCCGGCAGCCCGGUGCCGGCGCACCACCACGCCUCGCGGUUCUCGGUGACAAAAGUUACUCCGGAGAGAGAAUCUUCCACUGAGAGCUCGAGCCCAUCAACUCCCACCAAGCCUUACGGCCCUUCCCCGUCAAGAUUUAGGGUGGUUCAGGUGGCUGAACCACCACAAAUACAAGUGCAACCGCCGACCCAGUCCCAACCUAGGAGAAAUACUUCCCGAUUUUCGGUCACGAGGAACUAUGACUCUGUAUACAAUCCCACUGUCCCAGCGGUGGGCAAGACUGACGGGUUAGAACCUCAACCCAACCCAGAGAGCUUGACCUCAACAGCUCAAACAGCUUCUUGUCCCACGGUAGAUAACCAGACGAACCCCGAAGAAACGGCUAGUGAAAAUAGAGGAACGAAAACAGAGUUAGUCAAAACUGAAUCGUGUCCAAUAGUGGGCGAACUGAACGAUAAAGUUGAAACGAAUUUAACAAAAACCGAAUCUUGCCCAGCUGUGAGUGAAGCUGCCAGGCCUGAACCCAAACCUAGUCCAGAUGUCCUGGAGAAAACUGUGUCUUGUCCAGAUGUUCUGGAGAAAACUAUGUCUUGUCCAGAUGUGCUGGAGACAACUAUGUCUUGCCCAGAUGAGCUGGAGAAAACUAUGUCUUGCCCAGCUGUGAUCGAGAGUGAUCAUAAAACGAAUGAGGCUGCAAAUAAUAUUGAGCCUGAAAAACUGACUGACUCAGCCAAAUGUGAACAUUUAAUAGGCGAAUUUAAAAAUGUAGAUAAUAAUCCGGGCCAACCGAGGCCGGACUGUGAAACACCUGAUAAAUCUCAAAGUGAUAAAAACAUUGACCAAAACGUGUGUAAUGCCAAAUAUGAUUGUACUGAGAAUAGUGAUAAUAAAAGUAUUAACAGUGAUAGUGUAGUGUCUAUUGUAGAUAAAGUGGAGGAAGUGACUCACAAUGAGGAGUUUGACAAUGACGUGCGUAAGACAGAGACGAAGUUAGUUAGAAACACAUUAGAAGUAAGCGAGACGGAGAAAGUUGACGUGAACGUUGCGGUGUCAGUCACGACCGAGACCAAAGGAACACAGAAAGUGGUUCAAAAGAAGAAGGAACAAGUAGCGAUGAAGCAAAUCGAGGCGAUAACAGAAGAUUUGGGCAAUCUCAUUCAGGAAAUGAAAGAUUUGUCCACAAAAACCUCCGUCUUGAUUAAGGAUGUGAAAACAGACUGCACCCAAACUGAUUUAGAUGUACCUGCUUUACGUGGUAAUGUAGUUCUUAAGAAAAAUAAGAGUGAAUCGAGUUUAGAUAGCCCAGACUUGGAAGUGUCGAGGCUCAUGAACAAAAAGCUGGUCGAGAGUCCGUUCUGCGACAGUAGUUCUUCUUUGGAGAUAUCGGGCAGUUCGGUGGAAAGUUUGAACGCUUUGGAAGUCCAAAGACCAGUUAUAAUACAGGAAUCUGUGGUUUCCGAUACGGAAUUAGAUAGGAGAAAAGCCGACUUUGUUACGUUGUCUACUGAAAGCAGCAUUGAGUCGAAUACCAGUGAGGUGACGCCAGUGAACUGUGGCAACUUUUUGAAUAUGUCGGUUAGUUCGAACGAGAGCGUAUCGCCUAUUAUAUUUGGUAGGAGUAAGAAAAUUCACGACUCGUUGUCGAGUUUGGAGGCUAGUGUCAGUUCUUUGGAUUCAGGGAAACAUGACAAAGCGAUGGUCACAUCGGCCGAUUCGGGGAUUGAGUAUUCAUUACAGAAUCCGUCUGAAAACAAAGAUGACAAUUCAUCGAAUGAAGGCACGUUGACGAACAAUUCUAGUUUGAAAGAGUCCGCUAGAAGCGAUUUUCAUGAUACGUUGACAUCAUCUAAACGAGCCUCAUCUUUGCUUGACGUGCCAGCGUUGAAGAAUAAGGGGUUGGAUCGUAUGAAGAAGAUGUCUUGGGUCGCGCCGUCCCCCAGUUUUCAUAUUCCUCGGCCCGAGCCAGAGAAAGAGACGAAAUUACCGUCGAAUUUAGAGAAAUUGUUGAGUCUCUUCCAGCAUCCGAGCAGUUUGUUCUCUCGUUCCACUGACGAUGAGAAAAAAUCAUCUUCCAACACACCGCCUAGAAGAGAUUCUUCUCUAACGAGCGCUUUUUGGUCUUGGGGAAGCGUAGUUGAUAAGGACGAAAAAGAAGACAAAGAGAGUUCAUCUGAAGCCACAGAUUCUACUCUAUCUGAGAGAAUACAAGUAUCGUUCGUUGACGAGUCUUUCUCGAAGAAACUGGACAGUAAAACCCCGUCGACUGACACUGACACGCUGAGCGAGUUCCAAACUUUCCAAAGCUCCGAAGACGAGAAGAAUUACAAAGUUACCCAUAGAACCACCGAUGAAUUAGUACAAAAGUUAGUUUUAAGUACAGAUGCCGGCUCCAAUGGCAACCAGGCCAGGGCUAGUGAUAACAUAGAUCUCAGAAAACCCAACGAUUUAAAUAGGAACGUGGUCAGUACAGCCGCUGGCGACAGUUUGUCUGACGAGAAAGAUGAAACGCCCCGCCCUAGAACUUUCGCCGCUGUGCUCAAGUCGUCAGGCUCCGAGAAUUCUCUGGGCAAACAAAACAGCCCUGAAACUGGACAAACUGUUGAUAAACUGCCCAGUAAAGUUAUAAGAGGUAUAAAAGAAAAUAUAAGCCCGGAGAAUACGCUAACAUCGAGCAUGAGCAACACCAAAGCGUUAGCGACAGAAUUAUCCGAGAAACAAAUAAAGAAUCAGCCUAUAAUUAAUGCUGUGUGGGAAAUGAAUUUAGAUAAAGACGAGGCUAGAAGCCAGAGUGACUUAGCACCUAUAGCGACCAUAGAAGAAACGAGCGAAGAGAAUUUAGUCGUAGACUUUGAUACGAAAUUCGACGAUAAAAACACUUCGGGCGAUAGCGGAGUGACGUCACUGGAAGGCGCAACCGACGAUAGGAAAUACAAAAGCGUAAUAGAUACAAUUGCAAGCGAUAUGGAUAAUAUCGAUUUAGGAAAAGACGCGUUGUCGUUUUUGAUAUAUGAGAAUCAAGAGUUCGACGCGAACCAGAGCUUAGCCCAAGAACUGAAGGAGGCAGAGACUAAAGAGCUAUUAGAUAUAUCGCCUGAGCUGGUCAUAGACGAAGCGAUAGAGGUGUUCACGCCUAGAGACAUAAAAGGCUUGAAGACGUCACCUGUGAUACCCGAACGGGCGAAAUUGAAAAAGUCAAAUUCUUUGGAAGAAUUGUCAGUGCAAGAUGACAAAGUUAAUUCCAAAACUAAAACCAUAGCUUUCAAAGUGCCCGAAGCGACGACCACGCCCAGAGAUAUACCCAGGAAGUCCAGAUUACGGACCAGAUCUGGGUCCAGUCCUAAAUCUCUGCCAGAGAGUUUGAACAAGCCGUGUCCGUUGUCGAAGAUGGAUUCGAUGUUGUGCAAAAAGAAAAAGAGAGUUUCUUCACUGGGCAAAAUAGCGCGCGACUCGCUCCUGGCGCUGAACAUGACCGAGGAGGAAAUAGCGGAGUUUAGAAAGUCUUACAAACUGACCUCAGUGGAGAGUUUGAAGUCUUUGGAGUCCGUAUCCGAGGAUGCGAACUCGCAGAGUGGUAACUCUGUCGAUUCUAGAUGUAGGUCCUGUCUAAGGAUGUCGCAGGAGAGUUUGAUGUCCUUAGAUUCGAUCACGGAGGAUUGCCGAUGCGCAGACGAAGAGAAGCCGUGUCACUCGAAUAGAUAGAUAUAUAUAAUAUAAUUCAUACGGGUGUAUUUGGCUUUUGUUUCGAUUUUCAAAUGUAGUUCGCCAAGUUUGGAAUUGAAUGGAGUUUCACUGGUUUUUUUUUAAUUUUAAUUUUAUGAACUUAAUAAUUUGUUACUGUUGAUAUAGUGACAAGAGCGAAGUGUACACUCCAUUCGAUUCUACGCUCGGGUUAUAUAUAAAUAAUAUAUUAAUUGGGCUGAAAUUGCCGCAGAAAAUAAGAAUCGUGUACAAUAUUUAGGCUUUAUCGUUGAGUAAUUAAUGGUUGUAAACACAUGUACAGUUUUAAGAUUUUUAAAUUACGUAUGUAUAUGGUUAUUUACGGAGUUUUACGCCUUUGUUAGUCAUACAAAUACAAAUUAUCGCGUUUUGAUCCCUGACGAUGUAGCAAAAGAAUGCCCAGUAAGCGCCUAGAAAUUGGUAGUUUUUAUAUAUUCGACGGCCUAUUUGGCGCAGUUGUCGGAUUCUCGCCACUGUACCUAAAGAUCCCGGGAUCGAACCCCGGUUAGGUCAAAGAACUUUUCCCGAUUGAUCUGGGUGUUGGAUGUUUAUCAAUUUAAGUAUUUAUUAUAAAAUAUAGUAUCAUUGAGUUAGUAUCUCGUAACACAAGUCUCGAACUUACUUUCGUGCUAGCUCAAUCUGUGUGAUUUGUCCCGUAUAUAUUUAUAUAACGUAAUUUCUCUUGUUUCAUGUUUUAAACCAAAGCAGAGAUAUCAUAGAUUCUUAUCUAAUUUAAUAAUUGGGUUGUGCAAUAAGAAAACAUUUAUGUAAAUCUAUAUCUAGUUGUAAACUCACAUUUUUUUUAAUCUGACACAAUUUCCGAGAAAUCCUGUAAAUUAAUUUGGAAAUGAUAUGAAGCUACGUUGUAUGAAAAUGUACCCUUGGCGACUAAAAAUUGUUGGGGGUCUAGUGGUAGCGGUGGGACUCAUAAGUUCCACCGCUGACACCAAACAUACUCAACCAGAUGAUUGUAUGUUUUUUUUUUUAUUACUGUAGGAAGUGUAGUUAAUAAAGUUUAUUAAUUCCUACAGAAGAAAGAAGGAGAAAAGAGGAGAAAAUAUUCGGUUUAAAAAUAAUUAUAUUAUGAACAUAAAAAUUGAGAAGCUUUUACAAAUAAAAAAUAUUUUUGACAUAAAUCACCUAUAAACAACAUCGUGGCAACCGUUGCCAUGGCGAAUACCAUGAAGGUUGCCUACAAUUACAUUAUAAUAGUUUUAUUUCAAUUUGGCAUAAUCAAACUUUGCAAAUGUGAACCGUUACGCAAAACGAUGAUUAUACCAAUAAAUGUUAUACAAUAUUUAAAUUAUGCCCUUAAAAUAUAUAUUGGAUACUAUAUUGAUCUAACUACCAUUUACAUAAUCAAAGUAAUUGACAGCUUUUUGCUCGGAACGAGGCGCUGUCUACACCGUAAGGGAUUCAACGUAAUAUUUGUAUAAGUAAAUCUUGUGCAAUCUUCAAAAUCGAAGCGUGAAAAUCGUAGAAUAAAUGGGCCUUUGUAAAUCACUCGCAGACUGCAUUUAACUCAUACGAAUGUUAUCAAUCGUUCUAUAUAUACAUUUGUGUGACUGACUGACAUACAAGUACUGGGCGUAAGAAGAGAUUUAUUAUGAUUCUUCCUCUGUGAGUAUGUAUAGAACAGCUCUAAGUGAGAUUGUCCAGAUAUUAUCCACGGAAUCGUUUAUAAUGAGACAAUGCGAUAUUUUUUAUAACACGGCCAUUUUGAGACAAUGCCUCUGAAAUACAACGACUUACGCUAAAACGGAACUAUGGUGAUCAUGAUUUGUAAAAAAAAAUCAUACUUAUAUAUAAUUCUUUUGCAAUAAAAAUCACACUCCAUUUUUGUACCUUCACAAAUGUCGUAUCCUAUAGCGAUGGCAAAAAGAUAAUUAUGUACAUAUUUUUUGUAGUUUCGCCUAAUCGUUGUAUUGGUGAAAAUCUCCGAUACUGCUGAAAGCUGCCUUUCAGUCUUUUCAAAGACUGUUGGCUCUCUCUACCCCGCAAGGUUUAUAGACGUGAUUAUAUGUAUGUACCUAUGUCAAGAUAAGAUGUGCCCUUCGAAUCAAACCUUCGGCAGGUUUACGUGACGUGACUUUUUGAAGAUAUUACAAUUAACUCAUUUUAACACGUAACGGAUCGUCAAUUUGCGCCCUAGUGUCAAAAUACAAAUGUUUUUUUUUUUAUUCACCUUUCAUUUCCCAUAAAAAUAUUUCACGAUUCUUUUUAUGUUUAUAUAAUUGAUUAUAUUAUUGAUCAUCACUUUGAAAUAAAUCAUGACAUCAUCAUAAUCUUUUGUGAUGCUAGAAUGGAAAAUUCGUAUUGUUCUGACAUUAUAAUAAUAUUGGUACCCGCGCGAAAUACUGUUGCUGUCCCAUGUCGCGUCAUAAAAAAAGCGAAACGGCGAUAUUUUUUCGCGCCAUUAAUACGGCGUUGCGCGUGACAUGCAUUGGGGGAUGGUAUACUUAUAAAAUGAAAAGUCUCAAUUAUGCUUUGCCGUCUGUGAGUGAUUUAAGGAAUUAACGUAAAUAAAUAUAUAUAUAUAUGUACAGGGCCCUUAAAACCAGUGUACGACAGUGUUGUAUGAAUUACAUUGACAAGGAAAUUAUAUUUAUUACAUAAUGAAAAUAAAUAAAACUUAUAAAAUUAAAUUUUUAUGUAGAUUAGGUGGAUACUCGCCCGCGUAAAACUGGCCCUUAAUAAUUUCUGCGAUUUACGUUUAUAAGCGCUUUGAAGCGAUGACAUUGAUAUAACCAUUUACGUAAAAAUAGUCACGUCUAUAUCCCUUGCGGGGUAGACGGAGCCAAGAGUCUUGAAUAGACUGAAAUGUCACGUUCAACUAUAUGGCCUGAUAAUGGAAUUGAUCAUAAGAAUAAGAUUGGAAUGAUCAAAUAGUGACAGGUAUCUCAAGGUCAUCGGUUCAAAUAAAUAUAUUUUGUUUUUUUUUUAAUGUUGCCACCUUUGAUAAUAUAAUUUUGCUUAUCCCAGAGGAAGAUCGAUGUAUUAAUUAUAUUUUUUUCAAUAGAUUUCAUUUCAUUUAAUGUAGAAGAGUCUAAAUUAUGGCAACAUUUAUUCAUUUGCGCGUUAAAAAUAUUAUAGUUUCUUUGUCAAUGUACAAAUGUUUAUAUGUAAUUAUCGGUAUAUCAAAUUGAUAUAUUGUGUUUCUCUUGAAAGUCUAUUUUUAAUGUAAUAUAUAAAAUAAUUACUGUCAUUAAAGUAUCCCAACUUUAA